AUGGGCAACAUGGCAACAGAGAUCGUUGCCUUUAUCCUGACCAUCUCGGGCUGGAUCCUGGUGUCGUCCACCCUGCCGAUAGACUACUGGAAGGUGUCCUCUGUGGACGGGACGGUCAUCACCACAGCUACCUUCUGGUCUAACCUUUGGAAAACAUGCGUGACCGAUUCCACUGGCGUGUCCAACUGCAAGGACUUUCCCUCAAUGCUGGCUCUGGAUGUCUAUAUCCAGGUGUGUCGGGGUCUGAUGAUCGCUGCCGUAUGUCUUGGUUUCUUUGGUGCCAUCUUCGCCUUGAUAGGAAUGAAGUGCACAAAAAUAGGAGGCUCGGAGACCACCAAGGCGCGUCUGACGGUCAUCUCGGGUUUCCACUUCAUUCUCAGCGGCCUCUGCUGCAUGACAGCAUGCUCCAUAUAUGCUCACAGGAUCACAACUGACUUCUUUGACCCCCUCUUUAUUGCCCAGAAGUUCGAGUUGGGAGCAGCUCUGUUCAUCGGCUGGGCUGGAUCUGUGCUGUGUAUCCUCGGAGGACUUAUCUUCUGUGUCUCCCUGUCUGAAGGCUUCAGAGCUGAAUAUUCCUACGCUGGAGCUGCAUCAUUUGUCACAGCACGCAACAAACACAGCAAGACAGUGAACAGCCUCCACAAGGAACCAGCGGAGCCAUCCAGGCAGUUUGGAAGAAACGCCUACGUGUGA